AUUUAGUAGAAAACGAGCGGAACCCCCUGAAAGCAAAAGGCAUCCAACUCUAAAUGCUACACGGAAGAAUUUAACUAACGGACAAGAUGGACGUUAACUGUGGAAAAGUACAACUAGGCGAUAGAUCUUUACAACUAAAUAGAUUGUUAGCGCAUCUAUCAUCAAAAUAAGUUAUAUAACAUUUGUUUUACCGAUUAAUUAAUGAUAAAAUAGUAACGUUACUGACAUAAACUGGAGGGAAACAAAGUCUGAGGCUUUCUAAAAGCAUCAUGGCUCUGUCGAAAAAUGAAGGUUUUGCCGGUGAUAUUAAAACAACACAUCCUGAAGAAGAAGUGUCUCCGUGUGUCUCCGGCCAGACCAAAGCCUCCACCGCCAGACUUUUAUCCCGGGAGGAGCUGGACAGACUCGGCGGUGAGCGGGCUCUGGUGUCCGACUUCAAACUGAUGAAGUUGGAGAAAGAAGCUCAGAAAAACUGGGACUUGUUCUACAAAAGAAACACGACGAAUUUCUUCAAGGACCGACACUGGACCACCAGAGAGUUUGAAGAGCUGAAGACAUGCAGAGAGUUUGAGUCCCAGAGGCUGGUGUUGCUGGAGGCCGGCUGCGGUGUGGGAAACUGCCUCUUCCCUCUGCUGGAGGACGACCGCAACAUCUUUGUUUACGCCUGUGACUUCUCACCGCGAGCUGUUGAAUUUGUGAAACUAAACCCUCUGUACUGCCCCGAGCGCUGCUGUGCCUUCCAGUGUGACUUAACUAAAGAUGAUCUGAGGGGAAGUGUGCCGGAGGGCAGCGUGAACAUCGUCACUCUGAUCUUCGUCCUGUCGGCCGUCCACCCUGACAAGAUGAAGCUGGCUUUGCAGAACAUCAGCAGGGUGCUGAAGCCCGGGGGCGUCGUCCUGUUCAGGGACUACGGCCUGUACGACCACGCCAUGCUCCGCUUUAAAGCCGGCAGCAAGCUGGGGGAGAACUUCUACGUGCGCCAAGACGGAACCAGAUCCUACUUCUUCUCUAAAGAGUUCCUGGCUGAGCUGUGUACCGACGCCGGCCUCCAGUCUGUUUCUAACGACUACGUCCUGAGAGAGACGGUCAACAAGAAGGAGGGGCUUUGUGUUCACAGAGUGUUUCUGCAGAGCAAAUUCACCAAGCCCGGCCAAUCGGAGAGCUCCUGAUGCCCCCGGGACUGUGGCUGUCGCCUCAAUAAACAAACAUCUCCUGGUUGACAUUCCUGUGAUGACCGACACGCUGCAGUGUGUGAAUCCUUCAAACCGCGAGGGAGAUGCAGGUUGUUAAGAAAGAUUAAUAAUGACUCAUCCCAGCAAUGAACUGAUGUCUUUUGCUCGUUCGCCAACGGAUGAAGACGUUGCCUUCACUGAGACUCUUACAGGUGGAAACACGUGGAACUAUGUGAAGGUGAAGCACAAAAAUGGCAACAGUAGCAUGAACAUGAUUGUUCAGCAAAGCCCUCAGCCGGAUGAAGAGUGAGUCCCAGUGAUCGGGAUUCAGUGGUUCAGAUCAGGUACUCUGAACAUCAUCUUCUCUGCUCUUUAUUCCCCCUCAUGUUAAGCUACACGGAUCAUUUUGGGAUGAGGUGAGUUCAUUUUGUGUGAAUUCAUUUGAAUGUUUUUCAACAUAUUCAUAAAAAAAGUCUUCAACUCCAUUGGGUCAUUUCACACUUUGGUCCUAUUUUUGCAAACCACAGAGUCAGAUAAUAAUCUCGCGCGCGCGCGCACACACACACACACACACACACACACACACACACACACACACACACCGUGACCUUUUCAGAAUGUUCUUCUUAGAAGUUUAGGUGGUUUCCAAGAGUGUGAAAACCAUCAGACGGUUGUCAGAUCGAAUCUCCAGCUCAUCCUCUUCCUUGACAAACCUUCAAAUAAAUUUUUAUAGGUUGUUGUUUAAAAGCAGAAAGAAAACAUUUUCCAGAAUCAAUGUGCCGCCUGGUGACGGUGUGUCAUGUGGUCCGCAACAUUAACGUCACAUUUUCUACAGGUAGUUAAAGGUAGAGCCGACGGUUUGUAGCUAGGUAUCAGCUGAUGCUGUUACACUUGUGUUUGAGCAAAAUCUUAGUUCAUAAGAGAGCAACAUAUUCAGUAUACAAUGAAACAAUCCUGAAGUGUCUCUUCUUCUCUGGUUUGACGUUCCAUGAGUCGUUUAGAGGAGUGCGCUGUUGUCUCAUGGUGUUUAAAAGUCCAGGUGAGCUCGUGAGGCAGCGCAGAGAAUCAUCAGUGUUAGGACCUGAUAGUCUGUCACUACCUGUGACUCAUGAUGGUGAUUCUUCAUAAGCGUCCUGUGAAGUGUGUGGGCUCAUAGCAGAGACCUGAUGCACAGUAAAUACAGUAGCCAUGUUUUCAGGGCACAACACCGUUUUCUUAAUAAAGUCAUUUAUUUAAUAAAUUCUAAGUCAGACAUUUUCUGUCAGCUUGUAGGCGGAGACAUGUUGUCCCGUUACCAUCGGUCGGUUAAACGUCCAGCAUCGAUGUAUGUGUUAAUGUCGGUUACGUUGUUCCUCCACUCAUUCAGAUCUCUUAUAUCGGUGCUGAACAUUAGUGUUGAUCCGGCAGUCACCAUGAAUUCAAAGUAGAAGGAUUCAAUCAUUUCCUUGAACCAAAAAAAAAAGUUAGAUUUUAUUUAUUGGAAGAGACGUCCAGUUGUUAGAAGACUUUCUAAAUGCCCGGGCAUGAAGGUAACGUGUAAACGUUUCCCACUCCAGCAGGAUCCCAUGUGAAGCAAAUCAUUUGACCGGAAUAUGAGGCUGAUCACCUCGAACGUUACACUUUCCUUCUAAAGCUCAAACAAGCAGCGCGUCUAUUGAUCAG